AACAACAACAACAACAACAACGUGAGCUGAAAAGUGAAACACAGAGGCUAAUCUUAAUUUCUUCAUAUCCUCGUACUCUCCGCAAUGCAAUCUCUUCACAUUCAACCACUCCAACCCACUCUCCGCGCUUCACCGCUCGACCCACUCCGCAAAUCUUCCAAUGCCGCCAACCGGAGACUCCCCGGCGGCAAGAGGAAAACCUUCGUCGUCUCCGCCGCCGUCACAACCGCCGCGCCCAAGCGCCAGAAGGACCCCAAGAAGCGCGUCGUGAUCACCGGCAUGGGUUUAGCUUCCGUCUUCGGUAACGAAGUUGAUGGCUACUACGACAAGCUCCUCGCCGGUGAGAGUGGGAUCACCCCGAUUGACCGGUUCGACGCUUCCAAGUUCCCGACCCGGUUCGGUGGCCAGAUCCGUGGGUUCAGCGCGGAGGGUUACAUCGACGGGAAGAAUGACCGGAGGCUUGAUGAUUGUCUCCGGUACUGCAUUGUCGCCGGGAAGAAGGCUCUUGAGAGUGCUGACCUCGGUGCUGAGAAUCGCUCCAAGAUCGAUAAGGAACGUGCUGGUGUUCUUGUUGGGUCAGGGAUGGGUGGUUUGACAGUGUUUUCUGAUGGUGUGAAGGCUUUGAUUGAAAAGGGUCAUCGGAAGAUAACGCCAUUUUUCAUUCCUUAUGCUAUCACGAACAUGGGUUCAGCUUUGCUUGGGAUUGAUCUUGGUUUCAUGGGUCCGAAUUAUUCUAUUUCCACUGCGUGUGCUACUUCCAAUUACUGCUUCUAUGCUGCUGCAAACCACAUUCGGAGGGGUGAGGCUGAUUUGAUGUUGGCGGGUGGGACUGAAGCUGCUAUCAUUCCCAUUGGGUUAGGGGGGUUUGUGGCGUGCAGGGCACUUUCUCAGAGAAAUGAUGACCCUAAAACUGCUUCUAGGCCUUGGGACAAGGACCGUGAUGGCUUUGUCAUGGGUGAAGGUGCUGGAGUUUUGGUUAUGGAGAGCCUGGAACAUGCCAUGAGGCGAGGCGCGCCUAUCAUUGCUGAGUACUUAGGAGGUGCUGUUAAUUGUGAUGCUUACCACAUGACUGAUCCGAGAUCUGAUGGACUUGGUGUGUCUACAUGCAUUCAAAGCAGCCUUGAAGAUGCUGGUGUGUCGCCUGAGGAGGUCAACUACAUAAAUGCACAUGCAACUUCCACAAAUGCUGGUGAUUUGGCAGAGAUUAAUGCUAUUAAAAAGGUUUUCAAGGACACUUCUGGCAUCAAAAUUAAUGCCACAAAGUCUAUGAUAGGGCACUGCCUUGGGGCUGCCGGUGGUUUGGAAGCUAUUGCCACAGUGAAAGCCAUAACAACGGGAUGGCUGCAUCCAUCAAUCAAUCAAUUUAAUCCAGAGCCUGCAGUUGAUUUUGACACAGUGGCAAAUGUUAAACAACAGCAUGAAGUUAAUGUUGCCAUUUCAAAUUCAUUUGGAUUUGGUGGACACAACUCUGUUGUGGCAUUUUCUGCUUUCAAGCCCUGAUAGACCAGCAUUUGUCUUCACUUCCAUGUAGAACACGAGUCUAAAUUGAUUGAAAUUUUGUUCUCCCUGCAUCAUUGAGGCUAUAUAUUUUAUUGAAGUCCAUGAUACAUAAAAGUUGUAUGCCUGUCUGUAGUUGUUCAUUAUGUGCUAAUUGUGGCUUGAAGUUAGCGUUGGGACUAUUUUGCUGUAGAACUUUUGGAAUAUAGCUCAAAGAUUCAAUUGGUUUUUGAGGUUUACUGCGAAUAGAAAGUGUUCAAUGAGCUUGUCUAA